AUGUUGGGUUUGAUGGGCAAACGAAGUAGAUCGGGUGCUGGGUUCAAGCCCGCUGGGGGUGUUCAGGGAUCUAUCGCCUUGGUCACCUCUGGUUUCCCAGCAACUGGGUUACUGCCUACAAAACGCUCCAAGAAAAAUCGAAAUCUUCCGGACUGGAAGGACCAAUCCCUAGUAACGUGGAAGAAGUGGGUGCUCCUAGCCUAUGAUCUCUACAGGGACAAUAAAACACCCGAUUCAGAGCUACGCUACAAAACUAUUAAGAAGCAAUACAAACAAAAACUUCUAUCAGCUAGACUGGAAAGAAAUGCUCGCUUCAUAGAAUCUGCCAGUAAUCGCUGUGCAGCAGCCUGGGAAGUUAUCCAUGAAGAAGGUGCUCCGUCCAAAUCCCAGUUGAUAUCUUCAGUGACUGCGGAAGCUUUCAACGCCCAUUUUAUUGACUCCGUCCAGCAGACCAGAGAUGCUAUCAACGGUUCAGCCACUUCUGCCCUAGAUAUGCUGGAGAAACGUGACCCUGCAGCCUCACGGUUCAACAUUACCCUUUUAUCCUGUGAAAGUGUGAUACGGGUGGUCCAGAAGCUCAACAACUCUCCAAGCAAAGAUAUAUUUGAGUUCGGAACCUGCCAAUCACUAAAUUCCAAAAGAGGGUGAGGGAGUUCCUAUUGGCUAACCCACUUUACUCAAUCCAUGAGUUUUUUGAACUUCCUGACAACUUGUAAGUAUAUUUUUUUAUGA